AAAGGUCUUUACUCUUAAAUUUAGCUGACAAAAACGUUCUGCCUAGACAUUCCUAGAAGAAAACACGAUAUUGUAUUGGCCCGAAGUCAUAGUGUGUACGUCUCUUUGAUCUGAUCUCCUUAUAAAAGCAGGUACAGUAAAUCUCAUUAACGUACUACAAGAAAUUAUUUUAAAAACUCUUCAUUGAUCAGCCCUAAAGAAACCCCAGUAUUAUUACAUAAUAUCUCGGUAUAUAAUAUUUGCUUUUUGCAAGGUUUUUGUCGAUAUUUUACUAGACGAAUAAAAUGACGCCAGGUGCUCAUAGGAAAACGAAGUAUGUUUUGGGAAAAUUUACAACGACGAGGAUCGUAAGUAACGAUUCCCACCUCCUCAGUUAGUUAUGCAAUCUAUUUCUGAAAUGUUUACCCCAAAUUCGAACUGUACUCGUCCAAGGGUAGAAUCUUGGUCGAAACGUGUCAAGAAUUUUGGACUUUCCUCAACAUUUUUGUCUAAGGUUUUAAGUUUUAACUAUUCUGCAAUGAGACAUUUAAAAGACACGCAACAAAGACAUCCAAACUCGGAUAAUACGGAAUUUCUUGGUGUUUUCAACUUCUUGACGUUACUUGUUGGGAUCUACGAAAAGAAAAACAAAACUCCAUACUAUUUCAAGACUAAAUAUUUCUUGUACAGAGACUAUUAACUGAAAUCUUAAAACUACCUCUCGUUUUGAAAAGGAAAUAGAUAGAAAUUUUUACAUGUUCAUCAUUAUUUUUGAAAUAUGAUAACUGGCAGCGCCUGAAGAGAAUAUGUGAAUAGGAAUUUUGCAUUGAUAAUCGUGAUUUUUACCCUGAUUAAGUUACAUUCAGACAGGUUAACAAACUAGAGACUUUCAUUUAUAUUUAAGAGACUUAAAAUAUAUUGACAGCUAAUACUGUAACAAUUUUUGUAAUUAAGUAAAAAAAAUUCACCAGUCCUAGAGGCUUGCCAUGCCACUCUUGGAAACAAGAACCAUUUCUUUUCAGAAUGAGUUAGAACUUAUUUUGCGCUGCAAGCCGAGUUAGAACUUAUUUUGCGCUGCAAGCCGAGAUGCAUGCCAGUCGAAACUAGAAACUUCAGUAUACUUAAAACUUAAUCAAGAAGACUACAAUUAACAAUUUAGAUGGAAUGUUUUACCUACUGAAACGGUGGCCAACUUCAUUUAAUAAAGUGGCACUUAAACUUUGCUUUUCCUAGAAGGUUUUCCUAAGGUGAACUUCUAAAAUUCCGAGAAAUGUAGCGGAAGUGUAGAAAUUCUUUCUGGAAGAACACUUAAUCCUUAAAUCAGUCUGAUGUCUUCAAACUCUGUAAUCAAUUUCUACUUUCUUUGGCUUUGUUUCGAGGUUAAUAAACGACUUGCCAACAGGCUUCUGCAGUAAAAAGAAGAAAAUGCGUUUCAUUCAAGUUUUAUUAAGAAAUGUUUUCUUUUUUAUUCCCAGAAAGGGAAACGUCGGAAGUAUACAUGGCGGAUUCCACGAACUCACUCCAUGCUGCUUUUUGAUUGGUUGGUAUAAUGAUGAUAUAAAUGCAUUUUUUUGCAGUACUUAGUUAUGUAGCAUUCUUCCAUGUUGGUAAACAUAAACUUUCAUUGACAUGGUGAAACGUUUGCUUUCUUUAGAGUGGCUUUGUCUGGAAAAAUUAAUUAAUGAUACCGGAGACUGGACCUCAAAAUGGAGACCGGCUAAAGAGCUUCAAGACUGCUAGUUACUGUUCGCAAGUCUAGCCGGGUAAGUCUAAUCAAUAAUGCAGCAACAGACGCAAUAAACUUACAACCUUUAAUGUUAAAGUUUCAUGCAAUGCUUUUUAAUAAACGCUAUGAAUAACUUCUGAAACCUGUCCAGUCCCGCCCAGGAGAAUUUAUUUCCGCAUCGAAUGAACUUGCCACUUAUUACUGCACGCCGAUUAAAUCAUAAUUUUCGUUUUUGAUAAAUUUUGGCCUUUUUGGUGAAAUUGCGCCGGUGCCACACUUGUUCAUACUUUUGGCAGAAAAAUUAAUACUGUUUGUCAUACUUUCUUUCCGUUAGAAUAUCGGAAACUUUUAUCGCUUGUUUUGGUCGGUGGAUCAUAGUACGUAGUGUACAGAAUAUAUAAUGGUGCAAGCUAAUGAUGAAAAAAAAAAUAUAUCUAUAACACAUGUUAUGUUGUUUAUGUGAAGCAAAAAUAGCAUCAGAACUCAGUUACUUUCUAUUCCUUCUGAAAUACUAGUUUCUCACGGAUUCCACCGUAUCACCAGGGAUCAGUUAUUCAUCAUUUAAACUCCUUCAAGAUUGAAAUUAAACAUUAAUAGUUAUUAUUACUCAUGAAAAAUUGCAAUAAACUGAACGUCGCAAAAGACUCAUUAGGCGAACAGACUACUUGCUUUAUAUUGUGAUGAAGUUGCUUGCCCUAAAGGAAAUUAAAAUUGAUUAUAACUAUUUGCCAAUUUUGGGUUCUUGACUCGCAUACAAUGGAAUAUGAAUAUGUAGCUAAUGUUAUUGGUUUCAGUUAUUAAUUUCAGAAAGAAACAGUCUGUGGACGAUUAAAUUGUCAGCGACUCAGCACUAGCUUAACAAUCAGAUUCUCUCCUUCAGCCGAUUUCAGCACCAAAAAAUCAGUCAGAACCUUUCAGUCUGCCGUGACAAUAGCGAAUUCUUUAGUUUACUGUCCACGUUGUAGCAACUGUUUUUAAGGAGCAAUGGCACAUUUUUAAGGCAGUUCAAAGAAUAUCCUGCUUGACACGUUACAAAAAGCAUGUACAUGAAUUUCAACAUAAGUGAAUUAUGAUACAUCUGUGUUUUUUUUUUCAGCUAGACGGUAGCGAUGGCAACACCAUUACCUCCUGAGGAUUUUCGCCGAUUGAGCGUUAUUCCAACCCGCGAAGACAUCUUUCCACAAGAGAGGCCCUUUCUAAGAGAGAACAAAGUCAUGGGGCGCUACGACAAUAAAGAACACUACCUAGACGUACAGUUUCGACUCCUUCGAGAGGACUUCGUCAGGCCACUGCGAGAUGGAAUCCAGCAGUUGGUAGUCAUGGGUGAUCAAAGGAACAACGGGAAACAUCGUUUGGAUGAUAUCAGAGUCUACGACAAUGUGAGAAUACUCAGUCCAGUAUUUACGUCGAACGGGAUUGCAUACAAAGUCAGAUUCGAUGUUUCACGGUUCCGUGGAGUGCAGUGGGAGAACAGUAAAAGGCUCAUUUUCGGAUCACUUCUUUGUUUGUCGAAGGACAAAUUCGAGAACUUUGUUUUCGCCACAGUUGCUAAUAGAGAGCUAAGGGAUAUUGUCAAGGUAAGAGAAAACGUCUGACUGGAAGGAUAAAUAAUUAUAAAAAAGAAGCCCCGUAAGCAUUUUACAUCUGAGCAAAAUUGCGCCAUAAUACGACAGGUUAAUUUAACAAUGUAUGUACUGUAAUAUAAUAGAUAUUUAUAGUAAUGUUCAGUUAAUUGCUUAAUUAAGGUUUGUAGCAUAAUUUAACGUCCCCAGUCUUUGGAACUACAGUGAGGCGCAGUACAUUAUACAGUUUAAAUUUUCAUUAUAGUUCAAAGAAAACACCAUAGUUCAAGAAUAAAUGCAGGAGUUCAGAAAAUAACACGUUAAGUAACGAUGCCUAUUUUUAUUAGGUAAAGCUAUUAAGGGGGUGGAGAGUGAGAGUGGAGGGAGUAUCUGCAAAAACCAUUUCCAUCUGCAUAUUUUAUUUUAUUAGGAUUUUGACUUUAUACUGCAAUUAGUUAUAUUAAAUGCCAUUGUUCAAAUCCACCAUGCUUUGGGGCCUGCUAGUCCAGUUUCAUUUUUUUGCUGGUGAAGCUCUGUGAGCACAGCUCAGUAAAGACACUGUUGCUUAAUGACUAUAUGGUGGAUCAUUGACCUUCGUAAUAGUUCUAAAAACCUCAUAGUUAUCCUUUACCAUAAUAAAUUAUUAUUAUCGUUACCCAUGCCACUUUAAAUCACAUAUUAUGUUUAGCCAUUACUCCUGCAGUACAGUUGCAGCUAGUCAUUCAUUCACGUGGUGUAAAAAACGGCAAUGCUGGAUAGCAAAGGAAGUACUGGGAUAAAACAAUUAAUAUCCUGUGUUGUUUCGUCCCAGCGCGUCAAUUGCUCUGCACUAAGGCGGCUUUGCAGCACGAAAAUUACGUAGCUCUAAAGGAACAGCAUCCUUCCUGCAUAUUAUAGCUUAUGACUGGGCUGAAUAACAGGCAUUUGGAUAUGGAACUGUGUAUUUUCAAGACAGAAUAAUGGAACAGAGAGGGAAUCGCCCAGUCCAGUCCAGCCCAGCCGUUGGGAUUUGCGAAUUUGACCAAAGUUAUUUUUAGACAAAUCAACAGCUUGAAAUUAACCGUUACUUUGUUUCCGACGAGGUUCAUAGUGUUGUCAAGAGAGAAUCGACAGUCGUCAUUACAAUGUUCGGCAUUGUUUGUUUAGAGGCAGUCGCACGUCGACUUGAUGGCAUUUCAAACAAUCGAUCACAAUGUGCGGACGUCUCAGGAAUUAGACUUCCGUUUAAUUUCAACCUCCAAUAAUGAUAAUAAAUCACAUAUCCCCACCAGCGCCCUAAGAUUCCCUCUUUGUGCCAUUUUUCUCUCUUGGUAUUUUUAAAUUACCGUUCUUUAUAGUAUUAUUGAAAAUGAUUUGGCAUAAAUACCACUUGUGAUAUUUCAGAAUUGUCUCAAAUUUCACUCGCCUUACGUCUCGUGAAAUUACGGAUAACCAUUUAGAAAUAUCACUCUUGGUAUUUAUGCCAAAUAUCACUUACAAAUCAUGCUAUUAUUUGUUUAUACUACUACCCACAAAAGGUUUGUAAUUUUCAUUUGUAGGUAUUUCCAAUUAAGCGGAAAUACCACUGUUCUAAGCCAAUCAAAUUGCAGAAAUUUCUCAUGUAGUAUUAUAACAACCUCUAAUAAUAAUAAUCAUAAAUCACAUAUCCCGACCAACGCCCUAAGAUUCCCUCUUUGUGCCAUUUUUCUCUCUUGGUAUUUUUAAAUUACCGUUCUUUAUAGUAUCAUGGGAAAAGCUAUAAUCAAAUACAAAGUAGGUAGCCUGAAUUUCAGACAUACCUUCGGGUCAUAAAAUCCGAGUAUGCGACUAGAAGGGAUGUCUGAAAUUUAGCUUACAAAGUAGGUUGUCUGGAAAUGAAUUUUUUCAGGGUGAGAUAGAAGUGCGUUUUGUGUCUACGGCUGGUGAGGCAGUGCUGAGGAUAGGAGACGUGUGUCAGAUGGCUGAAUCAAUAGCUUUCUUUGAGGCGUACCGCCCAGUGCUGGAAGGAUUGCAAUCAAUGUCGUACGGGAAGUUUCCCCUACAGGUUAACUAUCAUCAUAACUAAAAUUCCUAUAAUAAAAUACAAACGGCUUUUUGGCGAGUUGAAAUGUUAUUCCGGUCGACUUUUCUUUUAGUCAUUAUGUUAGUCUAGAUGCAUAUACUUGUCGAACCGAUCCUGCUUCACUACGUUCCUCUGAUAAGUGUUCAGACGUUUUGGCAUGGUCAAACACAAUCUUAACUACUUAUGCACCUCGCUCAUUUAGGUUUCGCGACUGAACUGGAAUUAAAAGAAUCACGUAGAGCUUGGCAUCAAACCCUUUAGGUACAUUUGAAAGUAAGCGCUCGAUCGCGACGAUCCUACGGGAACUACAUAGGACUGUAAACAUUUCCUUAUAGGCUGGUCAAAACUCUUCACUGGCUGGCUCAGUUUGAGUCUUCCAUUAAAAUUAUGGUUGGGAAGCUGGAUCCGAUAAAAGAGAUGCAUUGUCAGGCUUUAUGUUUCGGCAUUUCAUUAGGUAGCAGUAACCAUUCCUCUUCUGGAAAAGGGUUUAAGGACUGUAUAUGUUAGGGUAAGCUAAUACUAAUGUAUUGAUAAUUAAAAGAUAUUUUUGGACGUUCCAUUAUAGAGAUAUAUUGUUGAAUGUGAGAAGGACAUCUUGCCUCCUGCUUAUUUGACGAAUCCAGAUGGCGAACAAGUGAAGUUUGAUUUUUCUCCUAUAAUGUCACCGGAUAAAAGGCAAGAAAUACAGAAGCUGUCACUCGAACCUUCAUUCAAAUCACAGAUGAAAUGGUGGAUGGGAAAAAAUGACGGAAAUAAAAAAAAGAAAACAGAUAAUAUAGACAGUCUUCUAUACUUAAGUAACUUUGGCCAUUACGCAGUUAAGCAAGGUUACUAUUUCAGUGCAAACAAAACUAUACUUUGCUACAAAAACAAACAGAUAGGGAAAUGCUGUAUUAUCAUGUAAUACUAAUCAGAUCGCACUUUCUCAAAGCGAUUCGGUUCAGAGGAUAAAAGUAAGGACGAAAGUCCAAAGGGGUAAAAGAGGGUCUCUUCGAGUUAACGAGUAAAAGUAUUGAGGGAGUCCUAGCAGGGGAACUCAAUCUCGAUUUGAGUGAACGGGAGUAAACUAUGCUGAAUAAUAUUACUUCUUGGCAUGAGUAAGUUAAAGAUUGUACUUAGUCGUCUCUCAUUAAAUGAGCUCUUUAAUUUAUACUCUCUUGCGGAAUAGAGAAAAAGUCAGUUACAAAGAAGAGCAAACUGAUGAAUACGCAAUGUUUCGAGUCAAAAACAUGUUUCUCACUGUUAACCGAUGUUUCUAAUUACAGGUGUUCUGCCUCUAGAUCAUUAAGAAGGCGUUUUGGUGUGGCCAAAUCUUGUAAGUUGCCUAUAGUUAGUACCAUGUAAAGACAGUUUGUUUCCACUGAAAAGGCCAUUCUAAACCGAAGCCUUAAGCGAAGCUGGCCCUUUUUCUAACCUUUGAAGUUUAAAAAGGAGCAAUGAAGAUAUGAAAGCAACCAGAAUGAUUCACAACAUUAUGGCGAAUGUCUUUAAAAUGUGAAGACGUUCGGUGCUAUUCAAUUAAGUGGAUAAUAAAAUAGCAGCUGGAUCAGUUAUCUGAACGCCCGAUCGUUAAAAUAAAAUAGCUUAUUACAAUGAUUGAAACAUUUUUCUCUCUUCCUAGCAUCGAGUGUUACAGUUUUGAGCCCAGCCUCUUGGCCAUCUGCAAAGGAUCUGGAACUAGAUGAUUCACAGUUCCAAGCCUUACAGUUAGCGCUGACCAAGGAGUUUGCAGUCGUCCAAGGACCACCCGGCACUGGAAAGACGUACAUUGGACUUAAGGUAUGAACCUCGAAAAUACAUCACUUGUUUUAACAACAGUUACUUCCGUUUCUACAAGUUGUUGAUCGCAUGUUACGUGGGCUUUUCUACAGACCAGAGAGGCAACUGUUUAAACCCAAAAUUAACCAACUACCUGUAACUUGUAGGGUGAGAAAACGCAUGAAUUGUGUACUAUAUAGAAUGAAAAUAGAUUCCACUGCAAGACACUUCCUGUAUUCAGGGUAGGCACCAUCUGUACAUGGUAGGCGGAAGUCUAGUUUAUUUCCUUGUUGUGAGCAAUUAUUUUCUCAAACUUAAGGCUCAGUUUUCAUGUCACCGGUCCAAAUUAUUAAUUUUGCUUUCAAAUCAGAGAAAAUACCCAAAAUUGUAUUGUGUUUCUCACAGAUAGCCAAGAUUCUGCUGCACAACGCCAAGGCUUGGCAAAAAGUGUCUGGUAAAAGGCCCAUCUUUGUGGUUUGUUAUACCAACCACGCACUUGACCAGUUUUUGGAAGGAAUUCACUCGUUUCACGACGGCGGAAUUGUUCGAGUCGGAGGGAGAAGUCAAAGUGAGACGAUGAAAGAAUGCAGUCUUUUUAAGUGGAAACGUAAACUCGGGGUAAGGUGUCAGUUAGUGUAUUGACCUUGAUAUAUGCGUUGAUUAUCGACUUUAAUUGUUCUCUAGUCACUUGCUUAUUUAUUCACUUAUUUACUCACCUUAUUUCGUGCUUUGGAUUUAAUUCCCUUUAAUAUCAGCAAGACACAGCAUUGUUUUGCAAUGACGCGCCAAAUUUAGUAUAAAAACGGUGAAGACCUUGAUGCAUACGGCACACAUUUACACUCCUUGACACUGAGUUGUAGAACCUUACUAAAGGAUGCUGUCGUUGAACGUGCUUUAGUCUUAGCUUUGCAGGGACGUCCUGCUAAAGACUUUCUUAUAAAGUCGUUGCUUGAAAAUAUAUAUUGUGUUUUGGUGUAGCUGAGGAUUCACACCCGGCGCUCUCUUAAAAAAACUAAAAUAAAUACCCCGUUAAGGAAAGCACAUCAAUUUUGUUACCCUGUUAAGCUAGGAAAGCACAAAAUGCACGCCGUCCUUUUUGAAGCUAUUAAUUGGCAAUUGCAGCUGAGCAAAUUCAUUGUGUUAUAAUUCAAAUACACGUAGAAACAAAUUUCAUCAAGCAAAUCAACUUAACCGUCUAUGAAAUACCUGUUUAUGUUAAGAUAAACUCGCACGAUUAAAUAUAUACCCAGUGUUUAGAUCAGUACAGACUCGCGCGAAAUUAAUUAACCUGUCGAUGGGCACAUCCACAUAUGGGCCAUAUAAGAAAAUAACCUUGGGGGAAUUACUACGUACAACGUUUCCCUUAUGAUUGCUUAUACUUCGUUUUGAUCUUGUUUAGAAACGACUGCUACCAAAGGGCUCAGAGAAGUACGAGGUCGAACAGGAAAUGAGGCAGGUCUUCAACAAAAUUUCUUCUAAUUGCAAAAUGCUUGACAAUUCAACAAGAACCUUGAUUGGUGUGGACGAGCUGGCAAGAAGCGCCACAAGCAUGAAGUCAGAGCAUUAUAACUCACUUCAACGUAAUUUCUCAACUGCCACGGGGAAGCUUGAACCUGCAGUCAUGUUGCAGUAUUGGCUAGGACUUCCAGUGGAGCCAGCUAAUCCUUACGAAGAUGGUAAAACCAUUUGAUCUAUGGUAGCAUAAACGCGGUCUUUGCACUUACAUUUUUCAUUUAGGUGAAUUUUCAAAUUUGUCUUAUCGAAUCUUCAGACCAACAUCGUAGCUGCAAUGAUCACAUUUGCCUUUUAAUAUCUUCACUCGCAGUCAAAUGGUUUUUCUUCAUUUUCAUAUUCCUAAAAUGCGAGUUAAACGGAAACGUUAGUCAUCUAAUAUAAAAUGAAAUUCGCUCUCCGACUUGGUUCGAUAGGACGGACGUUGUUAAGUGUUGCAUCACCAACCUUAAUCGCCUCAAACCUCAAACAUCUCCAUGCUGAUUCUUCCAGGAUAGUUGGGAUCUUUGAGGGAACUUACUGGAUAGACUUAAUAGACGUCUCCUUGAAAGACUGUUCUCAUCUAGAGCCUUGGAGUUUGCCAAUAGUCCACUGGAGUGUCCCACACUCUCCCAGGGUGGCUUUGGUGUGUAUAUUUUCCAAAGAGGAUAGCUCUAGUAUUAUAGCUUUAGAUGAAGUGGUUGCGCUGCUUAUCAUUUUACAUUUUUAUUCUCAGGUUUUUCGAAGCCACUUGCUAUGUUUCCCUUCAACGCUGACUGUGGGGGACUGGAAUAUUUCUCCCAACAAAACUUAGCCUAUAUAUCUCCAAACGUCCCUCCAGCUUCUGGUGCUGAUGGGAUACCAAGAGGAUCUAUGGAACUAAUCGGAAAUCACACCUCCUUUAUAGAGAUUGCAAAUUUCGAUGGUGGCUAUGCAGACGCUAAAACUUCCAUUACAAUACUAGCGUUUGUCUACCCUUUGGGAGAUUGUGGACCAAUCAUCACCUAUGAGACAUGUGGAUUUGGCAUUCAAAUUUGGCAAGAGCCUCUACCUCCAGAAGCUUUGAAUUACGGUACGGGGAUGCUGACGGCUUGGUUUGUUAGAAGGGAUUUGACACUGGCAAUUCCCAUAAGAAAAGCCGUUUUGAACAUUAAUGCCUGGAAUUAUAUUGGUGUAUCCUACGAUUACAACACUGGAAUAGCACGACUAUGGCACAAUGGGGAAGAAGUAGAAGCUUUACUGAUAGGCUCAGGAUUCGAGCUGGCUACACAGUUCCCGAUCAGAAUUGGCGCAUUGAACAACCCUUGGCAAGAGUACUUCUUUACAGGGAGGAUCUCGCACUUGCACAUAUAUUCCGAGGCGCUGACGGUUGAAAACAUUCAAGCUGUUGGAUGCAUUUCAGAGAAAGGUAGAAGAUGUACAGUUUGCAGGCCUAGGGAUUGGAGGCGAUAAAAGUUUGUUCGCCUUUGAUGUAUUUAAGAACUACGGCCACUUUGUCAAAAAGGGUUUUUUUCUAAGUUAGAUGAAUAUUUAUAGCUAACGAAAAGCAAACCUUCAUGAACAUAAGUUGCAGUUUCUUUUUACCUCCCUUGCUGGCAGUGAUCAGUUAGCCUGCGAUCAUGCUCUCCUUGUGGAGGGAACGUUCCCUCAGCUGUCCAGAGUCACUGUCCAAAUUUCUUUUUCACCUGCCUUAACACCUUCUUCACAAAAACCAUUCACCUUUUAUUUUAUUUAAACCUAAAAAGAAACUUUAACGAACUUCUUUUUUUUGCACAGAGGAAUGCAACCUCGACGAGAAGAUUGUAAUCGUCGAAGCUGACGAGAAGCUUGAAAAUGACAUUGCACAGUAUAAAGAUGAAGAUCAAGAUAAUGAGAAUAUCAAUGGCAAUGGUCUCAUCGGUGACGCUAAUGGAGAAGUAGUAACAGACGGGGAGUUGCAAGGUAUUAGUGACGGAGUCGAACGAGUCCCAGAUGUCAGGUUUGAGGCUAUUGUCAUGCAAGAUCAGAGGAUUCUUGACGAUGAUCUAGACGUCAUAAGGUUUGGCGACAAGCGCUCAGAGACGGAAACUAAAAUGAAUAGUCCUAAUACGACAGGUGCUAGCGGAUGCAGCAGAGGUGGCGGCUGGCAGUUCCAGAAUCCCAGCCGAAUUAAGCAGAGGAUCAAGCAGCGAAUUCAGAGAGAGCUUAAUAGUGAAGACGUUAUGAGCGACGAAGAAGCUAAUCAGGUAUCGUUUCCGUCUCUUGUGACCGCUUUGACUGGAUGCAAUUUGGUGACAAAUGUGAAAAGUUCUUUUUACACUUAAAUAUAAGAUAAAUUUUAAAUCUUAUGAAACAAAUGCUAAGCCUUGUAGACAACCCUUACAGGACGUAAAUUGCUUUUCUCAUAAAACGAAUUACAGCCAAGAGCUAAUUAACACAGUAAAUGAAAAUAUUGCUGUGAAUUUUAAAACUCGUCAGCUUUGUUUCGCUAGUGUUCAGGAGGGAUUAAGUUACAUUUUCUUUAUCACCGAUACCUCACUGGAUUGCUUUAAUUACUUACUGAAUUAGUUAAUGAAUAAAUAAGUUUAUCAAUUUAGGUUGAGGAUACGUGGAAGUUGUCUGAAAUAGACCGCUGGCGGCUGUAUCGCAGAUGGGUAUACGAUGCUCGCGAGAAAUGGCACGUAAACAUUUCUGAAUUACAAGAACUUUUUGACAUCAAAGCGGCCAAGCUCAAAAAAAUAAAAGACGAAGAGGAUCUUAGGAUCCUUAGUUGGGCCGAUGUCGUCGGAAUGACCACAACAGGUAAGCACGAAAGCUUAACAGUUAUUCUAGACAAAUUUUAUCUCUACUGUCAAUGCCUCAAGUGAUUAGGUAACUGGCUCCCGAACUUGCGUACAAUUUAACUUUAUAUGGUAGGGCUUCAUGACUAAAUAUAAUGUAAUUAACUCUACAUCAACAUGCUUAUGACUUCCUGAGUCUCAGCUCGGAGUUUCAUAAAAUCGACAUACGACAUGUUUAUUUGGUCUUUCUGUACUAUGAUGGUAUAAAAUAAAAAGUAUAUCUCAAUUAACAAGAGGUCAAUUUUUGUCUCGCCUCCCUCUUCCGUAUCUUCCUUUCGACACCGGGGGGAUAUUUCUACUCUUACCAGUCUCCUCAGUUAUGGCGGCCACGGCAUUACAUUGCUUCCGAGAAAAUAUGCCGGCAAUGCAGGCUAUUGCAAAUAGUGCUGUUUCACGCUUACGUAAAACACAAUAAAGGCGAUAAAAAACCCAUACCAUUGAGCCCUCUUCCAGUUCGCCCUAUUAAAGGUUAUUCACAUAUCCCUAACCACUAAAAUGUCAAUAUUUGCCCUUUUAGUAACGGCAACCUCCACUUGUUCUUCUAGGUGCAGCUCGGUACCACCACGUGUUGCAGGAUAUAAAACCAGCGAUUACAAUUGUGGAGGAAGCCGCUGAAGUGCUGGAAGCGCAUAUAAUUACAUCUCUAACUCCUGGGUGCCAGCACUUGAUUUUAAUUGGUGAUCAUCAACAACUUCGUCCCAGUCCCACGGUGUACGAUCUUCAGAUCGAGUACAACUUUGAUGUGUCUCUGUUUGAGAGAAUGAUCAAGAAUGGUAUACAGUUUUCAAGACUUUGUUUACAGCACAGAAUGCGACCGGAAAUUGCUACGAUGUUGGAUCACAUUUACGUUAACCCAAAACUACAAAACCACGAGUCUGUGCUGAAGUUUGAAUCCAUCAAAGGAGUGCAGCGAAAUUUGUUUUUUGUUGAUCACAAUACACCUGAGGUGACUAAAACUAUUUUUUUCCUCAUGAAAAUGGAAUUACCUGUUUACGGUAGUACACACUGCCAAAUGGCAUUUAAUUAGAUUCCACUAAAUGUUCAGUCAAACUUCUAGUAAGAUGUCAUUAUAAUGGAUUAUUUCUUACAAGAGGUCAAAAACUCAGUCAGUGGUUGCCGUUGAUGAAAGGUUCUGGAGAGAAAAGAAAUCUUUAUGCUGCAUAUAUACACUUCGUUAAAAUUACAUUUGCCUGUUAUUUUCCACCUCUUCAAGAACAGGAAAAAGGAUAACUCCCUUUACUCCCCUUUACUAUUCUCAGCAUCGGGAAAUCUUGACCCUUGUUCAAAAUCUUUGGAGAAUUAGAGAUACUCUGAAUUAGUGUUUAGAGAUGGAGUUUCCAGUUCAAAAUAAUUUAGUGAUGAAUUCAGGCAAAGUAGGAAGCCUUACCGGCACACCCCUCCACCAUUUUUAUAACUUUCAAGAGAUUUGACGUACUGGGUCAUUAAAUAAACGCAGAUUCAAGACUAAACAAGACAUGCUCUAUACAUGUAGUUAGUGAACAGAGCUUCUUGAUAAAAAUUCCUUUGAAUUUAACCUUUUUUACGUCGGCAGGACUUUGUCCAUGAAGGGAAAAGUAAGAAAAACAAACACGAAGCAAGAUUCCUGGCUGCUUUGUGCCGCUACUUUAUCCAACAAGGUUAUCGGCGGGAUCAGAUUACAAUUUUGGCGGCCUACAGUGGGCAACUUUUCCAGCUGAAACAAGUGAUGUCGAACAUUGCAAUUUCGAAGGCAAAAAAAUUCUUUGAGGGAGUCCGCGUCACUGUAGUAGACAAUUUCCAAGGAGAGGAAAAUGACAUCAUUCUUCUAUCACUUGUUCGCAGUGACAGAAUUGGUUUCCUAAAGAUCGCAAACAGGGUCUGUGUCGCGUUGUCCCGUGCUCGUAAAGGCUUUUUCAUCAUAGGAAAUGCCACGCUGUUGGCACGUAACAGCGACCUGUGGAGAAACAUCUUCGCAGAUAUGCAAGAACAAGGAAGCAUGGGUAGGGAGCUGAAGCUUUCCUGUCAGAACCACCCAGAAAAUAUGAUCUUGGCAUCAACCCCAGAAGAUUUUGAAAAAGCGCCUGAAGGAGGCUGUUCAAAACAAUGCGAAAUGAAGCUAACAUGUGGUCACAUUUGUAAACAUCCCUGUCAUCCCUUAGAUCUCGAACACAACGACCAAUUCGCUUGCCAGCAACCUUGCUCUAAAAUUUUAUGCCAUCUUGGGCACAGGUGUCAUAAGAUUUGCGGCCAACCGUGUGGUCCUUGCAUGGUAAAAGUAAAAAAGAUUAUACCCGAAUGCGAACAUGAGCAACGAGUCCCCUGUUCUCAAGAUCCAUCUACAUUCAUGUGUAUGAAGAUGGUGCUAACGAAAGCUUCCUGUGGGCACAGGUGUCAUAAGAUUUGCAGCCAACCAUGUGGUCCUUGCAUGGAAAAAGUAAAAAAGAUUAUCCCCGAAUGCGAACAUGAGCAACAAGUCCCCUGUUCUCAAGAUCCAUCUGCAUUCAAGUGUACGAAGAUGGUGCUAAAGAAAGCCUCCUCCUGUGGUCAUAUCAAUAAGGUGCCCUGUUCCAAAUCUCCUGAUGACAUUGUAUGCAAAGAGCCCUGUGGUCAACUACAGUGUGGUCACCCAUGUGUCGGUAAGAAACUGGAGCUAUGCUCAGUAUGAUUUAAGCUGAAUUGAGGGCAGUCUCUUAUCAGUAUGGUAAAUCUAUGAAAUCCAGCCUCGUGACCCGAAUAGGCGGGUAACCCUUCUAGCCGAGUCAACCUUUUGAUUCUCAUGUAAACGGUUUGCCUUGUUUUGUAAGGAAAUUCAUGAAAAAUUGACUCUGCCAUGGUGGCUAAGGUAGGCGGGUGUCCCUUUUACUAGGAAAAACUUUUCUCCAUAAACAUACCACGAGCGACGACAUUCCAGACGUCGAGUUAUCACAAAUCACCGAUAUUCGUCAAUAUCCGUUAGCAUCGUUGUACCAACAGCUUCAUUGUAUUCACGAAAGUCCUCAAGAGUUUUUCUUGUUCUUCAACAGGUAACUGCAGUAAAUGUCAACAAGGUCGCUUUCACUUACCAUGUAAGUCCAAGUGCAGUCGUAUCCUAUUUUGCGGUCACACCUGUCAAGACUUCUGUGUCCGUGCCUGCCCACCUUGUUCAUUGCCAUGUAGAAACUACUGUGAGCACCAAAAGUGUAAAAGGAGCUGUGGCAAUCCUUGUGAACAGUGUAAACAUGAAUACUCCUGGGAAUGUCCGCAUCAAAAACUAUUGGUGCCUUGCGGAGAAAUAUGCGCUAACAGAACAAUUUGUGAGGAGCCAUGCCAAAAGAAGCUAACUUGCGGGCAUUCGUGUAUCGGUGUUUGUGGUGAAAAGUGUCCAAAGCUGUGCCGCGUUUGCAAUAAAGAAGCUGGUGAAUUUAAGGGGAAUGAGUCGCGAGCUAUGUUCAUUGAACUAAAUGACUGUAGUCAUGUAUUUGAAGUGAGGGAAUUAGACAAGUGGAUUGAAGGACCAGAAUUUGGACGACGUGAAAGUGAAGAAGUUGAAAUCAAACAUAAGCUAUGUCCAAAACCUGAGUGCCAAACCCCAAUUCUGUCAAGUCAUAGAUAUAGAUUGACUAUUUUAAAGACGCGUGCUGAUUUUGAAGCUAUAAAGCGUCGAAUGCUUCUCCAAAAUGUGGCCGACAGAGAACAAAUUCAUAGGAUUUUGGUGGAUGUCCAAGAAAUCAAAGAAUUCAAGACGGAGGCUUUAAAGAUAACUCGGUCGAUCAAAACUGAAAGAAGUUUAACAUCCGAAGAAGUUACGAAGCUUCAAAAUCAAGUCACUCUGUUGAAGGCUCUGGAUACCAUUCACAGUCUUUCGACGAAGGAUGGACACGACUUAAAGCUUUCUGAAAAACUCAGACCUUUGAAAUCUCGAUUGGUGGAAAGUGUUCACUUGAGUGAGCAGGAAAUCAAAGAAUUUUGGGAAGAACUUCUAAGAAUAAGGCUCUUAGUUUCUUUCAAAGGGUUAAAGAAUUUCUUGGAAAGCAAAGCCGUAAAGUUGAAUUCUGCAGACAAUAGUUGUGUCACCUGUACCCAAGCUGCAUUGGAGUCGGGAGAAGCAAUAGGUAAACGACGAUAGCAACAUGUAGCCUGAGAAAACAGCCGACAUUUGGCGACACUACCGCUGGUUUCUCAGCCAAAUGACGUCUGAUCGAGAAACGAGCGCAGAAAUUCCAUAGUGAUGACGCGUCACUGCCGAGAUCUGGGUAGUGCUUCUGAUUGGUCGUGCCUCAUGGAAAAUUUGAUUCAACCAAUCAAAAGCAUUAACUAGAUCUGGUUAGUGACGCGUCAUCAGUAUGGAAUUUCUGCGCUCGUUUCUCAGACGUCAUUUGGCGGGGAAACCAAUGGUAGCGUCGCCAAAUGUCGGCUGUUUUCUCAGGCUUAUCAACAUGGUGAUAGAGGUUGCUUAAUCGAGUGUGGAAAUAAGUUUCCAAUUCCUUGAUAUUGCAUUGCUUCCUUCUCGACCGAGAAAUAAAUAACAAAAAAUCCUUUCAGACACACGGACUACUUAGACUUACUUCAGUGUGUUUUCCUUGGCCUUUUGUGUAAUUUAAUCCGUAUUUUUUUCUUUAGCCUUUGAGUUUUUGGUUAGAUUAUAAUUUUGAAAUCGCCUCUGUGGCACUACUUCCGUGCAACACUCCACUGAAUUGGAGGUACAGCAAUCCCAGUAAAGAGUUAAUGCAUUUGUUACGCUUGACUUGAUUGAAUGCUAUUCAUUCAAUUGUUUUAAGCUAAUUAUUGUAGAGCCUAUUCAAUUUUAUUUACCAGUUUUAAAAAGUUAUAUUGCCCUCCAUUCUAAUUUAUAAGUAAUGUUAACGGAAACAAGUCAAUUUAAUCUCGGCUUAAUAUGACCACUUUUAAAGAUCGACAGAAAAUGGAAGAGUUUAUGGCUGAUGUUACCAAACUUAAGCAGAAAUACGGGCUUUUCAAGAACGUGGAGGACACUGGCUUCGACGCAGAGUUACAGAAAGUGACCAUGAGGAGCAGGAACCUCGUAAAAGGACCCUGGUACAAGUGUGGGAAAGGUAUCUCAUAAAAAUCUUUAAACAACUAUACAGUGUUACCACGUCAAAACAACAACAGAUUUUUUUUACAUGUUAUACGUGUAAGUAAUUAAGGGGACGGAGCCUUUUUUGAUGGAAUAGUUUUCCAUUCUCCACCCUUAUGAGUCACCUUUUCCACAACUAUCCAUGAAUAAAUUAUUAUCGAAAAACAACAACCGGAACCACUGAAACGAGACAAGAAACAUAAGAAACAUCGCGCCUGCACCCCAAACCAAUUGAAGUAUGCACUUCUUAUAUUGCACAACUCCCUUGUAUAAACAACUUAAACUACUCCCAUAACUCCCUCGUUAAACUACUUAAAAACUAACCUCCUCGAUCUUUUAAACAGCACAUGUUUAUUCUGCUGCGGAGCGCAUUAAAGGGGAAGGCGUCACUAAGUGCCCAGAUUGUUUUGCAGCCACAACAGACCAUGUGACACAACAGGUGCGUACUGUGUAAAAAAAAUUGCACAAUGGUAAAUAGUGGACAUCAUACAUUGAAAGAACUUUUUUGACUACUUUUGUACUAUUGGACUACUCAUGUAUGUCUUUUUUAAGACGUACAUGAACAGCCCAGAUUCCGCUAAGUUUGCUUAGUUCUAAAGAUACCGGUAGUAGUAUAGGGUGCACUAAUUUAACCUUUUUUCUGCAGGAAUCUCAGUUACUUACAAAAGAAUACAUUACAGCUAAAGUCAUAGCCUCUUGUCUAUAUCUAAUAAAUAAAAAGUGGGAAAUUUCAUUGAGAUAAGAUCACGUGUUAUGUUAAGGUGGUUAAACUAGUUUAACAAGUUAUUUUGUCAUUUUAAGUCGAUGAAUGUCUUGGAUAGAUCUCGGCUAGAACAUAUCAAAUUUAAAAUACACAUACAUUAUCUCUGUCAACUAUCUAAUGAGUGGUUAGUUCAUUUUGUUUUCUUUCCACCCGUUCGUAGACUCAAGCUUCCUCUCAAGUUACACUGAGUGAGAUGAUGGCUAUGGCUUCUAUUUCUGGAUCAUCAACUAAUUCACGGCAGGUCCCAAGAAAUAAACUAGUGCGGCCCGGUUGGAAUUCUAAACCUCGUAAAUAGUACUGUUAUCCUAAAAGGAAUGGAUGGUCAUUGUCCCUUUCAGGGGGUGAAUUGUGGAGUAGUAUAGCUGAUGGAUCUGAAAAUUGUUAAAGUGACGUGGAAGAAAAUUCAAAUCCUUCGAUGGUUUGGUCUUAAAAUCGACACUGAAGCCUCCAAAAACAAAGGCUUUUUCACUUUUUAAAAAAAGAAAACAAAACGCUCACUUUAGUGGGCAUGUUUGAAUAGAGUAUAGAGGUCUCUUGUUUUAGUUUAAGCAUGUGGUUUCCGCUUUCUAUUCUAUGUGUGGACGUUGAGUGUGAAAGGGAAAAAAGAAAGGUUUCUAGAAACGCAUUUCAUAGUGUGUACAUGGUUUUGGCACUAGCGAAAAACUACAUUGUAGAAGUACUCCUGCACAACGAGAUUCAGGUUUUUUUCCUUGUGAUUAUCUUAUAAUAUCUAUUUUUUAAUUGAUUAACCUGACAAAAAUAUGGGUAUAAGUACAGUAUUCGUGACCUUACUUUAUGAUUACAUGGAUGGCGACUGAUUGGAUAUUUUAGUUAGCUUUUCAAACUUUAAUUUUGCGUGUGUGGGAAUUUUGGCCUAAAACCAUUUAUGUGAUUGUAUAUUAGAAGGAAAGAUUGGAGUACUAAGUCCACACCUUACGGAGUAAUCAUAAAUGAAUCGUUUAAACUUCCUUUCUAAGCAGAAACUGUUAAAUUUGAUUUCUUUGAGCCAUAGACUUGACCUCAUUUGGUUGUUGGCAUAAAAUUAAAAUUCUAAUUUUCACUUUAAAAAAUGUCCAUCUAACUCACCACGAACCGUGAUUGCAUUAAUUAAGGAAAAAUAGCCAGUUAUAUAAUAAAAACAAAGAAAUUUACUGUUUUCACUCAGCAAGUACAAUAAAGUUAAAUACAACAACAGCAACC